AUGCGUGAAUUACUGCGCAUCAAUUCAGCCACCGAUCAGAGAUCAUAUCUUCCUAUUUACGGUGAAAGCCAGCCGACUAAAGUCUAUUUCAGUGGAGGGGAUGUCGACGACCUGAAGGCGGCGAUCAGGGAGAAGUUCAAACCAAGUUUGGACGACGUUGCCACCGCUGACAUUAUCCUCCGCCUACACGACGAGGAAGUGGCUCUUGAGCCAGAUAGAGUGGUGGAGCGAUCCUUUGGUCAGACCGCACGAAAGCCGCUCAAAGUCAUCGUUUCCCGAGGUAAGGGAGUGGGAAGGCAAAGCGCUGGAGGGUGGGAAGUUAGAGGCAGCCUGGUAACGACUUUGUGA